UUGAGAGUCUAACACUGGCUGACGGCCGCUGUGGUCUCCAGUUGAAAGUGAACAUCUGGCUGCAGAGGGCGGCAGGGGGCCCUCGCUGCAGUCUCGGCCACUUACCUACCGCCAGCCUGUGGUGUGACUGACUUCAGAGGAUCACCAGAACUGGCAAUCUGAGCAUCACUACGACAAGAUGUGUUGUUCAAAGUCACUACUUAUGAUCUCUGUACUGCUGCAAGUCUUCAGUCAUGGUUUCACUUCCAUUUCAAAUGAAAGUGUAACAACCACUACAAGGAAGGAGAUUCAACCCAGUGAAAGACUGAACCAUGAAAUGGAUAGGUAUUCUAUUCUAGUGUCAGAUUCUGCAACCAGAAUUCACAACAUGACACUGUCAGGCUCACCUCAGACUCUUCCCAGUGAUAUGAUCGAUUUUUCUGUCCUGCUGAGUCCUCAGUCUGAUGAUGGACUAGAUAAAUCCUCAUUGCUGGAGCCCUAUGAUGGAUUUAAAUAUUCUGCAGUAUCAAGUCCUAACAAAAUACCUGACAAACCAUUUAUUCAUAUUAGUAGUACAGAAGACAAUAACUCUACUGAAAGCAUCCAAGAUUCCCCUCCAUCUUAUUUGAAUGACAAAAAACAGUCUCCUUCUGUACCCAGUUCAAAUAUCACUGUACAUCCCCUUAAUAGCAAAGAUGUCACGAAAUUCAAUGCUACUAAACAUGAAAUUUCAUCCACAAGUUCAUCUUCAGAUUCUAAUAGAAGAAUGUCUAAUAUUCGAUCUGGAAACAAAAUAAACUCAACAACUCUGUCUGAAUCUUAUGAAGAGAUAACUACAUCUUCAACAUCAGAUUCUAAAAUUAAUGGAGUUCAGACUUUAUCGUCACAAAAAGACAAUGCUGAGAACAUUUCAAACCUCAGAAGAGAGGAGGCUAUCAGUCUACCUGCUUCAACCACAAAUAUACCUAUAACUCAUACAAUACAGCAUUCACCUGUAAGCCAUGCAGAUUCUUACAGCAAUUCUCAUACUUCAGAAAUAUCUGUAAUCUCAAGUGACAGUUCUGAUACAAAUACCAGGCCAUUUCCAGUUGAUACAACCAUGGCUGUUUUACUGCCUCAGAAUGCUACAAAUUACCGACAAAAUGAAGAAAGCCAACAUUCUAUUAUAUCCAAAGCACAUUCUUUUCAACAGCUGAACAAUUUUACAGUAUCAAAUUUUGAGCCUAAUAUUGGAACAGAUAGCAUAAUAACAUCAGAUAACACUGACCAUCCUUUUGUUUCUGAGACAGUUGCCAAUUCACUUCCAACACACCCCACUUCUAAUAAGAAUCUUAAACAUCCUUCUGACAAAGAAGUCCGAAUGAUUUCAUUGCCUACUUAUCAUCCAAAUGAUGUAAUUCAUUUUUCCUCAUCUGAAUUGUACCCCAGUGAUAGUAUUCAUAAUACAUCUCACGAAGAGAAGCAUCCAUGUGCAAGAACAUGCAAGGAAGGCUCACCCCCAAUGGUGUGCAGAUACAGGUUUCAAUUGGAAUGGUACUACACCAUGAGUAAAGCCUGUUAUAACUGUCCAGUACAUCUUGAUGACUGCAAUAGAAAGGACUGUGUUGUGGCAGAUGGUGUAAGACGUCCUGUAGUUGUGGUUAACAGACAGAUGCCAGGUCCUAGUGUCGAGGUGUGUAAGGGUGACCAAAUCAUAGUGGAUAUGGAGAACUACAUGAUGGAGGAGAGUACAACUAUACAUUGGCAUGGGCAUCACCAACGUGGAACACCUUACAUGGAUGGCGUUCCAUAUGUCACUCAGUGCCCCAUCCCGCCAAAAUCAUCAUUCCGCUACCACUACACUGCCGACACACCUGGAACCCAUUUCUGGCAUUCACAUUCUGGGUGUCAGAGGGCAGAUGGAGCAUUUGGAGCACUGAUUGUGCGUGUACCGUCAUCCAGUGAUCCUCACAGAGAACUAUAUGACCGAGAUCUGUCUGAACAUACAGUGCAAAUCCUGGACUGGGAUGACAAGCUAGGAGUGGACAAGUUUCUUGCACAUCAUCAUGCCAAUGGAAAUAACAAGCCAAAAACAUUGCUGGUUAAUGGCAGGGGUCGCUUCCAUCAAUUCCAGGAUGUAAAUUUUGCCAUUACGAAUGUGACACAUUCGCCAACUGCAACAUUUGCUGUUCAACAGGGCUUCCGCUACAGGUUCCGCCUGAUAAAUGCAGGCUUCCUCAACUGUCCUAUUGAGCUGUCAGUGGAUAAUCACACCUUGUUAGUGAUCAGUAGUGAUGGAGCUGAUCUAAAACCAGUGGAAGCUGACUCUCUGGUGAGCUAUGCUGGAGAAAGAUUUGACUUCGUGCUAAAAGCAAAUCAGAAAGUUGGCAAUUAUUGGAUGAGGUUCCGAGGCCUGAUGGAUUGCGAUGAACGUUUUACUAAAGCUCACCAGGUUGCUGUGCUUCAUUAUGAUGGUGCCCCUGUGGAUAAAGAACCACCUGGAGAGGUGAGCUAUGAGGCAGCUCACAGGAAAGGAGUGAAAGUGAACUCAUUGAACGUGGGGGUUGGCACUGUUGGAUCACUGGUUAUUCCAGAACUGGAUGCAAUAGCAGAUGAUGAUGAAACUCUAAAGGAAGAACCAGACAUGACAUUUUAUUUAUCAUAUGAUUUCUAUGAAAUAGACAAUCCUCAUUAUCACCGUUCACCACUAUACGGUUUCCACCAAGUGGCUAGCAAGUUGCAACGAUUGCUCACACCUCAGCUGAACCACAUAUCAUUAAAGCUUCCACCAUUUCCUCUUCUGUCCCAGCACAGUGAUCUUGGCACAAAGCACCCUUUCUGCAAUGAGACUACCAUAAGUGGCUGUGAACACACGUACUGUGAGUGCACACAUGUGAUCGAGGUGCCGCUAGGGGCAGUUCUGGAACUCAUUCUUGUUGACAAAGGUAAGGCAUUUGAUGCAAACCACCCUUUCCACUUGCAUGGUCAUGCAUUCCGUGUGAUAGCCAUGCAACGUCUUAACAGAUCCACAACAGUUGAAGAAGUUAAAGCCAGAGACAAGGCAGGUCUGAUCCAUCGGAAACUUAAAGGAGCACCAAUCAAGGACACUAUCACUGUUCCAGAUGGAGGUUUCACCAUAGUGCGUGUCCAUGCCAGUAAUCCAGGUUACUGGUUAUUUCACUGUCACAUUGAAUUCCACGUGGAACUCGGCAUGGCUGUUGUUUUCAAAGUGGGUCAACAUGAAGAGUUCCCAUCUUCUCCGCCAGGUUUUCCACGAUGUAACAAUUACAUGCCGUCUGAACAAGAGAUUGAACAAACAAAAAGUGAUAUGAACAAUGAUGUUCGAGCCCCCAUCAGCUCUAUUCCAAACUGGUGGCCUUUCAAGUCAACUUCUACCAGUGGAUCAUCCAAGUUUUCUGUUUCUCCAGGCCUAGCCCUUUUGUUAUGGCUCUGUGCAGCUGUUCGGUGACCACAUCUGCCCUACAGACAGUUUCAACUGUUCUCAACUUCUCUCCUCAAAACUACAAACAAAUGGAAGUGGUAGAUAACAGUUUUUCCAUUGCAGGGUUACAAAGGGACAGGUUCACUCUUUGGCAAUGUAUCACAAAGUGAUGUGUUCGUCUGUCCACACCCUGAUUGAACUACAUGCAUCAGUAUGAACAAGUGCUCCAUGAGACAAGCUCAUUUUCAGAUGAUAACAGAUCACAAAGAAAUUCCCCAUCCUUUUAUGGAACUCUGAAGGUUAAUUACAGCCAUCACAAGAACCUGCUACUAGACCUUAUCCUGAGCCAGAUAAAUCCAGUCCAUAUCCUCAUACCAUACGUCUUUAAUGCCAAUUAUAAUUUUAUCCUUCCAUCCAUGUCUAGGUUUCCUCCCAGUGACCUUUUUUCUGCAGUUUUCUAACUCAAAUUUUGCAUCCAUUUCUCAUCUCAUCCAUACAUGCUACAUGUCUAUAUAAUUAUCCUUAAUUUAAUCAGCAUAAUAUUAUUUGGUGAAAAUACAAAUUGUGCAGCUUU